GUUGUCCACCGCAACCUGAGCUCGCGUCUCGACAGUCUCGCCCCGCUCCGCGAAACUAAACUCAAGCAAAAUGAAGACCGCGGUGCUCAUCCUCGCCCUCGCCGCCCUGGCGUACGCCAGACCGCAGCAGCCCCUGCAGGCCACCCCCAAGCCCAUCGCCAUCCUCAAGCUGGCCAGCGACGUGCAGCCCGACGGUUCCUUCACCUACGAGUACGAGACGGAGAACGGCAUCAAGGCCGACGCCCGCGGCGCCCUCAACAACGCCGGCACCGAGAACGAGGCCCUCGUGCAGCAGGGCUCCUUCUCCUUCGUGGCCGACGACGGCGUCACCUACAGCGUCACGUGGGUCGCCGACGAGAACGGCUUCCAGCCCCAGGGCGCCCACCUGCCCGUCCCUCCCCCCAUCCCCGAGGACAUCCUCAAGUCCCUGGAGUACAACGCCGCCCACCCCGAGGAGGAGAAGAACUAAGCAGGACGGACUGUGUCUGUAAAUAGAUCUAGAUUAAUGCCUGUGCCAUUUGUACCUGACAAGACUUGAACGGCGACAUGCCCGCCAACCCCUAAAAACAUAAUAAAAAGAUAAAUAUUAAAUGUUUAAA